AUGAGUGAUCGACAAAUCAGCGACAGCUAUGGAGAGGGUAAGUACAACAGCGGUGACCACAUGAGCGACCACCACCACAACAGCAACAACCACAACAGCAACAGCUACGGAGAGAACGAGUCCACCAAUUACAACGGCAAGAAUGACAACACCAACGAUGACAUGAACAACAACAACGACAAGAACGACGACGGCAAUGAGGACAACAACAGCGACAGAUACGAAGGUGGCCACCGCACCAGCGAUUACCACAAGAGCGGUGGCUAUGGAGAGGGUCACUACAACGGCGGCCACCACAACAGUGGUAGCUACGAGAAGUGGUAG